AUGUCGGAUAGUGCCAAACAGGAGUUGACACUAGUUACGGAAAAGAAUGGGAUUAGAAGGAUCCAGCUAAAUAAUCCUAAAAAGCAUCAUGCGUUAUCGUUGGACCUUCUGAAAUCGUUGAAAAGUGCUAUCGAAAAAGAAUCUGAUGGCAAACCGCCACGUGUUAUUGUUAUUUGCUCAUCUGGAAAAGUAUUCUCUGCUGGACACGACUUGAGGGAACUAACUGAUGCAACGGGACAUGACUAUCAUAAAGACAUCUUUGAUGCUUGUACGAAGGUGAUGCAAUUAAUUCAGGAUACCGAAGUCCCUGUCAUCGCUGAAGUCAACGGUUUAGCAACGGCUGCGGGAUGCCAACUUGUAGCUAGUUGUGAUGUAGUUAUUGCAUCAGAAUCGUCAAGAUUUGCAACUCCAGGCGUGAACGUUGGCCUCUUCUGCUCGACCCCAGCAGUGGCAUUAGCUAGGGCAGUCCCUAGAAAACUUGCUAUGCAAAUGUUGCUUACGGGAGAAGCUAUUACAGCGCAAGAGGCGUUAAAGCACGGCCUAGUCAGCAAAGUGGUACCUCAUGAGGAACUAGAAACUGAAACUACCAGGAUUGCAGAAAAAAUUAGCUCUUCUAGUCGCUCAGUAAUGGCAUUAGGUAAAGCUUGUUUUUAUAAGCAAAUACAGAAAAGUCGUGAUGAAGCUUACAGUUACGCUUCGGAUGCUAUGCUGCGAAAUUUAAAUUAUGAUGACUGUCAGGAAGGCAUCAAUGCUUUUGUAGAUAAACGCCAGCCAGUUUGGAAGGAUUAA